UCAUCUGCUCCUGCGUUUGUCAGAGGUUCACUCCUGAUCGCAACUGCCACCCAACUGGGCGUUAGUGCGGGUUUGGCCACGCUUUCGACAUCAGCGGGGUGCAGAUGAGCGGCCCCAGCGCUGCCUGGACAAGACUGUUGUGAAAGCGUUGAGCUCUUAGCUGGAAUGCAUGACAGGUCUAGACCUGCACUUCCGCAUUGAACAGGAAGACGUUCGCAGCCCGAGAGCCCGAUGCAGACCUCAUCAGCACACCCAAAUCUGCCUGCUUUCAGCCCAGUGGCUUCUACACGGGAGUAGAGCGGAUUCCAGCGACUCGUUAAACACGGAUUAAAGCGCUCAACAAGAUGGAAGACAUUGACGCCAUGUUCAGUGACCUGCUGGGGGAGAUGGACCUCCUCACGAAGAGCCUCGGACAGGAAACGGUGCCUCCCGCGCCGCUCCCCGCCGCCACCAAUGAAGUCAGCUUCUCCAUCGGCUUCACCGAUCUGAACGAGUCGCUCCAUGAGCUGGAGGACAACGAUCUGGACGCGCUCAUGGCCGACCUGGUGGCCGACCUCAACGCGACGGAGGAGAAGCUCGCUGCAGAGAUUAAAGGCCUGGAGCCGCCGCCGCCACCGCCGAUGUCCUCGUCACUGCCGGCGCUUCCGCCCAAGGCAGCGAGCGCCGGACCCGUCCCUUCCCACGCGUCUGCGAAGGCGCCGGCGGGCGGCGACGUUAGCGCCCCGCCACCCUCCAACACCUCUCUUUCACCACCGCCGCCUUCUCAGGCUGUGAAGCCUUCAAAGGAUGACAUUGUGGAGCAGAUGAAAGCAGACAAAAUCAAGCUCGCUCUUGAGAAGCUAAAGGAAGCUAAAGUGAAGAAGCUGGUGGUGAAGGUGCUGAUGAACGACGGCAGCUCCAAAACCCUGAUGGUGGACGAGAGGCAGAACGUGAGGGAGGUUCUGGACAACCUGUUCGAGAAGACGCACUGCGACUGCAACGUGAGCUGGAGCCUGUGUGAGACCAACCCAGAGCUGCAGCUCGAGCGAACGUUCGAAGACCACGAGAACCUGGUGGAGCCACUCUCAGUGUGGACGAGGGACAGCGAGAACAAAGUCCUGUUUCAAGAGCGGCAAGAAAAAUAUGAGGUUUUCAAAAACCCACAGAACUUUUACCUGUGGAAGAAGGAUAAGCGAUCUCUCAAAGAGAUGAAAGACAAAGACAAGGAGCUUUUGAUACAGGAGAACUUCUGCGGGCCUUCCAUCAUUGUGCCUGAUCUGGAGGAGGUGCUGCACCUCAGGGAGGACGGCAAGAAGUCCUGGAAGCAACGGCUUUUCCAGCUGAGAGCCUCAGGAAUUUAUUACGUGCCCAAAGGGAAAACCAAGUCGUCCCGUGACCUCGUCUGCUUCAUCCAGUUCGACAAAGUAAACGUCUACUACGGCAAAGACUUCAAGAACAAAUACAAGGCCCCGACUGACUUCUGCUUCGUCCUGAAGCAUCCACAAAUCCAAAAAGAGUCUCAGUACAUCAAGUACCUGUGCUGUGAUGAUGCUUGGACCAUGAACCUCUGGGUCACAGGAAUACGCAUUGCCAAGUACGGUGCGGCGUUGCAUUCGAAUUUUAAAACUGCAGAGAAGGUGGCGGUCAACUCCGUGUGGUCGAGCCGCAGCACGGCGUCCUCAUCCAGCCCAUCCACGCCCUCGCCCACCAUCAAAGCUAAAUCAGAGAGCCACGCUAAUGGAUAUGUUACCACGCCCCACACAGGUUCUCUGUCUCAGGACUUUGUUAAUGCCCCCCCUCCACCUCCACCUCCACCUCCACCAUCAGCUGAGAUUCUUCCCCCACCACCUCCACCCCCCCUGUCAACUGAGUUCCUCCCGCCUCCCCCUCCUGACCCCAUCCUCCCUCCUCCACCACCUCCUUUAGCCGCCAAGAGUUCCCCAAAAGCUGCGGCCUCAAAGCGAAACCUGCCGUCCAAGUUUCCCCAGCAUCCACCUGCAAUGGACAAUCUCCCCCCUCCACCUCCUCCCCCGCCGAUGGACGAUUCCUCAGAGCCCCCACCGGACUUCCUUCCUCCCCCUCCUCCCGCCUCUGGCUUCGGUUCCCUGCCACCUCCUCCACCUAUGAGCUCUUUACCACCACCGCCGCCUCCUGCAGCUGGAUUUGGGGGUAUGACCCAUACGUUGCCACCUCCACCACCUGAUCCAGGGUUUGCACCGCCUCCUCCCCCAAUGUUUACAAAUGCUGGAGCUCCCCCUCCACCACCACCACCACCUUCACCUGCUGCUGCCACCCCAAGGCCACUGCAGCCCUCUGGAUCAGUGAAGAAGAUGCCUCCUGCUCCACCGAAGAGGAGUACACCGGUGCAAGGAGGAGGAGGAGGAGGAGGAGGAGGAGGAGGAGGAGGAGAUUUCAUGUCAGAACUGAUGCUAGCCAUGCAGAAGAAGCGUGGUGGUAAUCAUUAACCUAAGCAGAGGAUUAGCAUAAAACACUGUGUUACAAUUUACUUUUUCAAAACCACAACCAUUUACAUAUGAAGAGCAAUACAAAUCAUCAGACCACAGAAACAUGUCUGUGUACAGUUUUUGACAUGUUAACUUGUUGCUGUCAUCAUACUUCAAAGAUUUUUGUAAAAUUGUACAUGUAAAUUGUAUGUAUUGUCAGUUGUUUUCAUGGAGAGAGGUUGUAGAUACUAUUCAACCCAUUCUUCUAGUACUUGGAAAAAGUACGUCCCGGGGUAGGUUUCAAAUGUUUAAGUAUUAUUUGGAUCAAGUACGUUUUCAGAACAUAUUUUUCAGGGACAGCAUGGAAAAACUGUCCAUUACGUUUCAUUCAAUGUAGUAUUUUUCAGAACCUAGGUGUCCUCUAAGAAGAACAGCUGACCUUUAACCUCUGGCCCACAAUAAAGGUCUGGCUCAUUAACCCGCCUCCUCUGCAGUGUCCAGUGUAAAAGGGGAAGGACGGGAUGCGCUGCUGUAGCUCCACCUAAUGGGCGAAAGACAUACGACAGAUAAAUCAUGAGAAGUCAGUCCCCUCAGCCAUUCAUUUAUUAUUUUCAGAAUUAUUCCGCUUAUCAAAUAAAUACCGGAGUGCUAUUGUGAACAUCAACUAAAAAACAGCGUCUGAAGUCCGUAAAAAAUGUUUAAUGAGAAUUAUUUUAUUAAUACAAACAAUGUUAAAGCGAUGUAUUUGUUAUUUAUCAUGAUAUAUUAUGUAAUACAUUAAAGACGUAAUUGUAUAAUUGA